UAUUGGGCACAAACACAGAGGCAAUAGCAGCUUCCAAAAAACAGAAAACAAAUUGCAAUACCUCCAUUUUCGCAUACCUUUAGUCCCGCAUAUCCUUAAAGCGGCGAGAGCUCAGGAAACAACAAACAAAUACAUCCAUUACGACGAGAGGCUACGCACAAAAAGUAAACUAAACUUACACCGAAAUAUAUGAACAACGCAAAAAGCAUAUGAAAGAUCAGCAACAAAGGUGAAGAACGUACAAAAAAAAAAACAAAAAGUGCGCUUUCAGAGCAGACACACACAAAGCACUGGAGUAGAACAGAAAGCUAGCGGAGGAGCAGCAACAUAUCCCAUUGAGCUGAAAGUAAUCUAAAUACGCGUUUUCUUUUUCGUACGAAAAGCGUAGCAAAGCAAGCAGCGAAAUUCCUUUCCACUUUUCUUCCUGCGUAAUUUCUAAGCACAAAGCUUGAAAGGCAACUAUUUUACUUGCCUCUCUGUGAUCGGCAACAUUUCGGAACGUUAAAAUUCAACCAAUACCAAUAUAACUCUACGCACAGAUCUUACUUGACGCUAACGCUCUGGAAAAAGAGAGAAAAACAACAACUGUAACCUCUACUGCAACUCCAACUUCACGUAAAAACCGGUGCUCAGCAUUUCGCCUCAUUAUUACAACAAAAUCCUGCGCCUAACGCACGCACAAUGAAAAACGACGUCGUUCGAUGGAGUUUAACGGCGAAAGCACAAAUCGGAAACGACGACGCGAUUAGCACAAGCAAAAGCAAAAGCAACUGUACGUCAAGAAAUGUUGCUGUAAAUAGCAACACUUCGUCUUCAAAUGCAGCGACAAAUAGUGAAUGGCUGCUUGGUCAGCAUCAUAAGCAACUUCAACUGCAAUUACAACAUCAACUCCAAAAGCAACAACAACAUUGUGAUACUAAUGCAAGUUUUCUUAAUGCAACAACACCAACAACAAAUAGUUUUUUAGUGAACACACGUCAUAGCGUAAGCCACAAUGCGAUCAAACGUAAAUCGAAAUCUACAACUAGCACACAUAGUAGACAUUUCCAACAACAACAACAACUAAUACAACCACAAAAACAACAACAACAGCAUAAUCACUAUUCCCAUCACCGUCAUCAGCAGCAAGUGAAACCGCGGACAUUUGUUGCUUUGCAUUUAAAUAGGAUUUUGUUGAAUUGUGUGCAAUUGAGUGUUGUGUUAGUGUUUUUGUUGUGUACGUUGAAUAUCGGUUUCGUGAUUGUGCCGAGCGCCAGCGCCGCCAUUGCCGCUGCCCACACGAACAAAACAUCCGUUGACCGAAUCGCUGUGAAUGCGAUUGAUGGGAGUGGUAUUGAUGAUUUGGCGCUGGUGUCGGUGCCUUAUCAAUUGGACUACGAGGAGAGUGAGAGCGGGAGCGGCAUAUACGGAGAUAGAGAUGGUGCUGGACAUUACACCCACACCUGGGCGGUGCAUAUACCGAAUGGCGAGAGUGGCGUGGCCGAUCAAGUGGCCAGGGAUCAUGGAUUCGUCAAUUUGGGCAAGUAUUUAGUUGGUCCAUCAUUAGCAUCAAUUACAGCUUCAAGCCAUCGUGGCAUCGAGGUGACUAAUGAGAAUUUGUUAACUCUGCAGAACUUCUAUUAG